CACUUCGGCACCGCGGAAAGUACAAUGAAUCGGAGGCGGUGAAUCGGCGUGCACUGGAGGGGCGCGAGAAGAUUCUUGGACCAGCCCACCCGGACACCCUAACAAGUGUCAGAAACCUGGCCAGUGUGCUAGAAUCCCAAGGAAAGUACGGUGAAUCGGAGGCAAUGAAUAGGCGUGCACUAGAGGGGU